GAACCAAUUGACGGCACUACUACCACUGCACCUCAGGUACCUAGGUACCCCAGACGGCCUUUCUCUUCAACCCGAGGUGCCACUGGCUCGGCUCCUUGACAUCUCCCACUUUCACCUCGCAUUCUGGACCUCACUUUCUCUCGCGUGGUGAACCUUCUGCCUUUGUCAGCCCAGACGGCGGAAACGUCAAUAUCCCGUCGCGCGACUAGGCAUCCAAGGGCAGGCAGACAGGUGUUCCAUCAUCCACGUGCUACUGUCAUUUUGCGUCAUCUCGACUUCUUGCGCCGUCGCAACACCCUGCUGGUGCCUGUAGCUCUUAUCGACCACCGCCCCAUCUCUCGACGCGGCGUUGAUGCAAAGGAAAGGCUUGGCAUCGUGGCAUCGUGGCAUCGUGACAGAAGCAUCGUGACAGAAGCAUCGCCAAACCCGCCUCCGGCGCGCCGCGCUAGCAUCACAUGCCCGUGACAGAAGCAUCGUCUACCGCCCUGGCUCAUAUCCGUCUCAUCGCUUUUGCUCCUCUAUUCCGACCCUAUGGAUACCAUCAUGGCCGACAACUCACCCCCCGACCCCAUGGCCGCAGCGGCCAGUGCGCUGAUGAACUCCAUCCAGUGUUACGUCCGCGCCGCCGUCGCCGCUGAGUCGGCCAACAGUCGACCUGAGUCCGAAUCGGCUAUCCAGGCCCGCCUCGACACUGUCGUCCAGGAGAACACCGAGCUCAAGGACAAGCUCAAGCAGAUAGAGAACGAGAGAGACACUAUCAAGGCCGCCUUCUCGUCCUACUUCGGCGUUGCCCUCCCCGAGUCCAAGCUUUCUCGCCACCUGCGCCUCAAGAUCCCUAAGUUCCCCCAGUUCAAGAGCUUCCCCGUCGAGAUCCGCAUGAAGAUCUGGAAGCUCGCCCUCCCUGCCGGCCGCGUUUUCGACCUCUCCAUGGGCGACGGCCACCUGUCCCGCGUCCUGCGCGCCACCGCCCCGAACCCCAACGGCGGCCCCAAUCCGGCCGUGGCCAUGCGCCAGGCCUCGGGCCUGGCCGAGAUGACCGUCACCGCCCACAAGACGCCCAAGCUCCGCCUCGUCUGCAAGGAGGCCAACCGAGCCUUUCUCGAGGCCGGCGGUUUUGAGUUUGGCCUCUUCGGCGGCACCUACAAGGGCCUCUGGUUCAACUACGCCGAGGACAUCCUUUUCGUCCGUGAAGAGCCCCGAGCCUGGGUCAACCUCGACAUGUCGCGCAUCGUCCGUGUCGCCUUUCCUCACACUAGAUUCAUGAGCAAGCCCGACAUCAUCGCCAGGCUGGAUCUGGUUCUCGACCAUUUCACCUCUUGCAAGGAGGUCAUCCUCAUGCAGACCAUGGAGUGGGAUAUCCGGUCCUGUCUGACGAGCCCGCGCCUGCCGCCCAAGCUGUUUCCCCUCGGCACCGAGGACCCUAUCGGUGCUCACGACUAUCCCAAGGAACUGUCCAACGAGAUAGGAAACGUCGCCGCCUGGGGUGAUGUCAAACGCGUGGUCGAGCAGAUUGGCAGGGAGCAUGUCAUGGACGUGAAGCACCUGAGCCCCGGCCGCGUUCCCAAGUUCAUCGGCAUGGAGAUGGUGAGGGCUCGCCCGAGCUACUUCGAUUAAGUGGAGGGCCAACAUAUCCUUGCGUACUUUAACACGAUAUCGCACGUCUUUGACUUUUGUGCAAUGAGCAUGUAUCAUAUCCAGGCAGACACAGGGAGUAGAGGCGUUUGGUUCGGGUUUUCCCUCGCGAGUUAUCAUAGUGCAUCAUACCACUAGUCAAUUCUGCAUACAUUUGGUUGGCUCUCUAA